AGUCGGAUGAGGCUCCCUCCCACUCCCACUGCCACUCCGAACGCCCCCGCUAAGCACACAAGGCGUCCAUGUUGCUUCGGGGGAAUGUCGGGCCAGCUCCUCGCCCACAAGUGUUAGCGCGCCGACGUCCACCGUCCAUGUUCCGGCCGAGACUAACCCCCCUUCCACGGGCUUGCCAGGAGCAUUUGUCACGUACGCUCGGUUAGCUCCCACGGCUAACCCGCUAGCUGUCAGCUUUUUUAUUUAUUUUAUUUUUAUUUUUAUUUUACACUAAAAAAGAAGUGUUUGUAAUUGUUCUACAGAGCUCUAAAUGACCGGCUUUUCUCCGGCUGGCUCCCCCCCCCGCUGCCACAACGCUUCUCCCCGGACGCCAGUCUGCUCUUUGCGGGCUACCUGAUCUGCUAGCUCGCCGCGGCUAGCGUCUCUCCGAGCAGAAGCACGCCGACACCGCCGGGGGGAGGAACACAAAAAAAAUGGACCACAUGUCUAUAAUAACGCAAGUUUCCAACCCCAAGGAGGAGGAAAUUCUAUCUUUCAACCAGGAGAAAGCGUCAGAGUCCAACAGCAGCCUGAAGAAGCAGAGGAGCCGGAGCAUCUUCAGCACAUUCUUCUGCUGCUUCCGCAACUACAAUGUGGAGCCCCCACCCGCUAAUAGCAGCACCGCGCCCUUGCCCCCGCCCGUCGAGGAGAACGGGUCGCCCCCCAAGCCGCCAGCCAAGUACCUUCUGCCAGAGAUGAAAAUAUCGGACUACGGUAAAAAGUGCGUGGUGAUCGACCUGGACGAGACACUCGUGCACAGCUCAUUCAAGCCCAUCAGUAAUGCAGACUUCAUUGUUCCGGUGGAGAUUGACGGCACAGUUCAUCAGGUGUAUGUUCUAAAACGACCCCACGUGGACGAGUUCCUUCAAAAGAUGGGCGAGCUGUUUGAGUGUGUGCUCUUCACCGCCAGUCUUGCAAAGUACGCAGACCCCGUGGCAGACCUGCUGGACCAGUGGGGCGUGUUCCGAGCCCGACUCUUCCGAGAGUCCUGCGUGUUCCACCGAGGGAACUACGUCAAGGACCUGAGCCGGCUGGGCCGAGAGCUCGGCAACGUCAUCAUCGUGGACAACUCGCCCGCCUCCUACAUUUUUCACCCGGAAAAUGCCGUCCCGGUCCAGUCCUGGUUCGACGACAUGAACGACAACGAGCUCCUGGACCUGCUGCCGUUCUUCGAGGGUCUCAGCAAAGAGGAGGAGGUCUACGGAGUCCUGCAGAAUCUGAGGAGCAGGUAGCAGGACCCGCCCGAGGCUCCGCCCCCCCCACUCCCCACUCUCUCCCAAGAACUGGUGUGUCAGACCGAGGUCAAAGGUACGUGUUGACAGUGACACUAAGAGGUGGAAGAAAAACAAAAAACUCUGGUCUUUAUUUUCAAAACCAACAAAGUUUUAUUAUUCGCUGAAGCGCUUCAAACCAAAAAAAAAAAAAAAAAAAAAAGGAACUUUUUGUUUUUAUUCCUGAGAAGAUGAACGAGAGUUGCUAUGCAGGAAGUUUGUGGCGCUGGAAGGACUUUUUCUUACCGAACGAAGUGCCUUGUGUGUGUCUUGUUUCUACGGGGACGUCUUUUUCAAGCGGACACGGAAAAACCUUCUUCUUCUUUUUUUUUUUUUUCAACCCUCAAACGUCUCCUCUGUUUUGUUUCCCUGCCGUGACAUCACUUCCUGCUUCCUUGUGCCAUUUGGGUUCUGUUAGUUGCCAAGUUCUCCACUUUCUCGGCUUUUGCAACAUCAGCAUUUUUUUUUAUUUUUUUUUUUUGUUGUUGUUGUUGGUGAAGCGAAACGUGCACGUUUUUUUUUUUUUUGCAAAAGAGUGCCAUGUUUUGUCUGUUCUCAUGACUUCUUCUUCCUGUGGUGUGUGUGUGAUGUUUACCUUCCCCCCUGGAACUGCUGGUCACCUUUAGUGCCUGUUUGAAAGGAGCCAAUUGUUGCCAUGGCAAUAAGAUUCUUCUUCUUCUUCUUUGGUUACGUGUGUGUGUGUCUGCGUGCGUGUGUGUGUGUGUGUGUCGAGCACUUUGCAAAAUCUGUUCCGUUCAAAAGUUUAGUACCGGCUGCAGAACCUGCCUUACCGUGUAGACCCAGGGCAGGGUUCCGCCCAUGUGGACUACGGUGGUACCUCGGUUUCUCAAAAAAGGGGGAAAAAAUCUUCAGAAAUAUUUGUCCAUUUUAGGUGAACUAAAACACAUCUUGAUAGAUCAUUGUAGUUUUUGUUUUUUUUUAUAGACGCACAAAAGUGUGGGGAAUGGCGUAAGUUCCGGACUAUAAGCCGCUAAUUUUUAAUAAAUCGGCUCAUUUAUUGUUUCAUGAUGCUUGUAAGUUCAUAUAUUUAAAAAGAAUCAAACACUGAAAAGUUAUUGUUUGUGCUAUGGCACUAUCUUUUCGUUGAGUUGGCUAAAUGCGCUUGCAUUUACAGUUUUCAACCGGAAGUACAAGUGCCGUUCCGUCUUCUAGCCGUCCAUAGCGGAACUACUCGUACAGAUUCUUCGUUCGUUAGUCCGAGUAACAUUUGUACGUUUUACAAUAUAACUAAAACUAUUCAUACUCACUAAACCGUCCCAUGUGUGAUGUCUGUAGGGGUGUUUUCAUGCAUAUUUGUAGCAGCUUUUUUUUUUUUUUCCUACGCUUUGAACCCUGUGGCUUGAAAAGCGAACUGCAACUGCUUUUGUUUAAUACCUUGAACCGGAAGUACAAGCGCUGCUCCGUCUUCUAGUCCCAAAUGGCGUCUACUCGUACAGAUUCUUUGUUCGUUACUCCGAGUAACAUUUGUACGUUUUACAAUAUAACUAAAACUAUUCAUACUCAUUAAACCGUCCCAUGUGUGAUGUCCAUAGGUCGGUUUUCACGCAUAUUUGUACGUGCUAUCGUAAUGUAAUCACGCUAGCGUCGUUAGCAUUAGCUAAUAUGUUAGGAAAAAAUAGAUUCUUUUUUGUUUCGGUUUCACAAAUUCCUCAGUAAAUUACAAGUGCUGUCCUGUCUUCUAAUCGUCCAUAGCGUUUCUACUCGUUCAUUGCUCGGAGUAACAUUUGUACGUUUUAUUAUAUAACUAAAACUAUUCAUACUCACUAAACCGUCCCAUGUGUGAUGUCUAUAGGCCGGUUUUCACGCAUAUUUGUACGUGCUAUCGUAAUGUAAUCACGCUAGCGUCGUUAGCAUUAGCUAAUAUGCUAGGAAAAAGAGAUUUUUUUUUUUUUAGUUUCGGUUUCACAAAUUCCUCAGUAAAUUCGCUAAAACGUCGCCGUGGAGUUGAAACUGUUUUAGAUAUGUUUUUUAUUUUUUAAAAUAGCUUGUUAUAUAUGAGCUGGCUGUGCUAAACUACAAUGUAAGACUAGUAGCAAACAGACUUUACCAAACAUUUCAUGAACAAUCAUCUACUUUCAAAAUUGGCAUCUGCCACGUUAGAAUGAAAAUACCGGACUAAAAGCAGCUAUUUUUUUUUUUUUCCUACGCUUUGAACCCUGUGGUUUGAAAAGGGAACUGCAACUGCUUCUGUUUAAUACCUUAAACCGGAAGUACAAGUGCUGUUCUGUCUUCGCCUCGUUCGGAUUCUUCAUUCAUUACUCGGAGUAACAUUUGUACGUUUUAUAAUAUAUCUAAAACUAUUCAUACUCACUAAGCCGUCCCAUGUGUGAUGACUGUUGAACUGUUUUCACGCGUAUUUGUACGUGCUAUCGUUAUGUAAUCAUGUGAGUGUCGUUAGCGAUAGCUAAUAUGCUAACAUGUUUCUAAGUGAGCCAGUAUAAACUUAAAAAGGUAUUUUUUUUGUUGUUGUUUCGGUUUCGCAAAUUUCUCAGUAAAUUCGCCAAAAUAUCGCCGUGGAGUUAUUGAGUCUGUUUAGCUGAUUGGAGAGCUAGCUCCCGCAGCUAUUGGGUCUGUGACCAUGACUUUUGUUUUGUUUGGUCGGCCGUUUUACUGCCUUGUUACAGGCACCGCUUAAUAAGCAUUUACAAAUAAUUUCUGUGUAAAUAACUAUAUAUCUUAUAGUCUGGUGCGGCUAAUAUAUGACAAAUAUUUGUAUUUUUCUAAAAUGUCACGGGUGUGGCUCAUAGUCCGGAAAAUACGAUGCAUCAGAAAUUUCUAUCUUGAUUUAAAUAUUCCUUCUCACCGUUUUUUUUUAAUCAAAGUGCUGGUACUCACAACUUUGGUUGGCCCCAUGCUGGCUUAUUUUGCAGUCGCACUUGAUAUAAAAAAAAAAGGAACACAGGUAGCACUGUACUGUGGAAAUGAUGGACUGAGUGUGUGCAAGUGCCCGAAAACAUGACUCUUAUUUUCUUCUCCGCAUCGUUUGUUUCCCAGACGGGGAAAUAACGUCUGCUGCUCCUUCAGGAAUUUGAAGCGUUUGCGUGUUAAGUGAUGGUGUCGUGUUGAUGUGUCCUUUUAUAAGAAGACGUCUCAACCUCACAAUGGUCGUUGGGAUAUUUUUCUACAGACCUUUUUAUUGUCAGUAUUUGUGUUGAGGACUUUCAUCUUUUUCUUCUUCUUUUUUUUUUUUUUUUUUUACAUCUCUCUUGCCUGUGGUGAGGAUUCUCAGUCAGGUUUGAUCUUUCUUGUUCAGAGGAUUCAUUUAACACCAACCUUCUAAAACACUUCAGACAUUUCGUCCUCCCAGGCGUGGUCAAAAAGUCACUUUGUUCAAACACUUUUCAGUUCUUGUUGAGUUUGUGUUGUCUACCCGGGCAUCUUUUUUUUUUUUUUUGUCUUUUUCCUUCCGUAAUAAAAGGCUUCGUUGAAACAA